CUCUUCCUUCUCUCUCUCUCUCUCUCUCCCUUUUUUCGCAUCUUGUUCCGAAAUUUGUGUGCUUUUUUUUCUCGCCUCUGACACUAGUAGGAGAAUGGCUCGAACAUUUCUGUUUGUAGACGUACCCUUCUAUUUCCUCCUGUCGUCUCUUGAUCUCUUCCAUCAUUGAUCUUGAAAGAAAUUUCAGGAUUUGUUUGUCCCUCUGCCUAAUAAAAUUUCCAUCUUGGAACAGUUAGAACUACUUUCGUGAUAUUUUGGUCUAUUUUUGAGGCUACUGCAAAUGCUUCUUUUAGCUUUCUCUACACAUUGUAACAUUCGCUUCGCUUCCUUUUCCUUCUCUUGUCGAAAUAUAUUAAACGCAUGAGUUUCUACGACUUCCGUUUUUGUUUCUUCCUUUUUCCUUUUUGGGAGAUGCUUUAGUUUUCGAAGAAUCGAAUAAAAUAUUGUUUUUGAAGUAGGCUUUUGACACAAAAAAAAAAUAUCGAGGUUGGAGAAUUUGCGGCCGUACACACUGUAUGAGAGUAAUAAUAAAGUUCUGCGACGAUAUUGUAAAAUUUUUAUGUAAUUGCAGAUUUCUUUCUUUGCCGAAUAUUAUGUUAAUUUUUAGAUACAUGACUUGAUUCCUUAGAGAAAAGAACAAUUCGCUACUUAUAUUCGUUGUUGAGCCCUUUGAUCCUGCUCUUUCUAGACUAGUUUUGUCUAUAGCUGUACUGUGAGAAAUACUCCACGCAUUAGAAUCAUGAGUAAUUAUUAUUUUUGAUUAGUCUAUUUAAUUUUUGUUAGUUUUAGAGACCUAUUUGAUUGAGCAUUUACUCUCUGGAUGCAUGUUUGCAGAUACUAGUAUUAGCUGAAACAGGACAAGUCCCAAUGGAGAUGAGUGAAGUGUCUCUCUAGCCGAACUACAGUUAUGGAUAAAGUGGGAAAUGUGGUUGUAGAUAUUGAGAGCCUAACUCAACCAUCAGACAAUUGCUCUGGAAGUCCAAAAGUGACAAAAGCUCUAUCUCGUAAAGGUUCAUGCAGAAUGGACAGGCGAAAUGGUGAGGAGCAAGAGGCAGAUGAGGCCACCAAAAAGCUUGUGGUUAAAGUAUUCUAUUCCCAAUCCGAACAGUUGAAGCAACAACCGAUUACCAACAAGUCUCAUGUAGGACUUCCAGCUGUGGCAAAUGUCUCUAAUCUCUCAGAUGCUGGAGAUGGAAGGACUAGGAAGUUAAAUCGCUUCACAGCCAUCAACCCAAAAAAGAUACUUCUCCUCUUUGCAUCAAUGUCUAGCAUGGGUACAAUCAUUCUCAUAUAUUUCACACUUGCUAUCUACCUGAGAGGAGCUUAAUUACUUCCUAAAAUUUGGUUGGCCGAUAAGGUCAGCUUUGAUUAUUUUCUUGUUCUUUCUGUUUUUUGGUGGAAAGAACCCUCGUAGAUACUACGAGUGGAGGAUCCAGAAAACGAGAAGCACAACAAUACCGCUUAUAAAACCCGAUUUCUGGGUAUGUGAUCGAUGAGCAGGUGGUUGUGGAGGCAUUAUAAUCUGCAAAGCUCUGCCUGGCUGUUUUUAGUUUAGCUUUCUUUUCUAAAUAUCAGCUUUGAGAUCUUGCAAUUUGAAGCAAAUAAUUGUUGUGCAGAACUUCAUGCCUUUGA